AUGGGCGGCAACGCCUUCCCCAUCCCCGCCAAGCGGCUCUCCACGGCCCAGCUCGCCCUCCUCUCGAAGCACGCCCAGACCGCUGUCGCUCCGUUCUUCGAGCGCGUUGAGCCUCUCCGGGACGUCCGAUGCAAGUCAGACCAUGGCGACCUCGACCUUAUUUGCGGCUGGGACCACCCCAAAGCGUGGAACUGGAAAGGCGAGGACAGGGGGGUCUUUGGCGGUGGGAAUGGGAUGGGCGGGACUAUCAAAGUCGGGGAUGAAGCUGAGGCCCGCGCAGGCGGUGCCGAGGGGGAGAGCGAGGCGGACAAGGAGAAGAGGGAGCUCAGGGUGUGGUGCUUCGACAUUGCGAGGGCGGCGAAGGCGAAGGAGUGGGUGAGGAGGGGCCCGGAGAUCAGCUUGGCUGUCCCGUGCAGCGUCUUCGGGGAAGCGGCGAGUGAGCACGCUGAGAAUCCGGAGGCUUUCUACCAGCUCGACCUCCCCCUCGUUCCCCCUUUCUCCCUCGACUUUAUGCUCCUCACCGUCUCCUACUCGACGACCUUCCUCAUCCUGGCCCGUGCUCUUCGGUGCAUCUCCUACUCCCUCACACUCCAGAUGACCGGCCUCAUCAUCCGUCACCCCGCUUACCCUGGACUCCCCGGUAUCGAUCUCCGCCUCACUUCCUCCGCCGACGAGAUCUGCGCCUACUUUGGGCUUGACCGCGCGCGAUGGGAAGCCGGAUUCGACAACGAGGAGCAGGUCUGGGAAUGGCUUGCUACCGUUGAGGAGGGCGGGAAGCUCGAGGGCGCGUAUAAGCGGAUGGUGCGGCCCAAGGCGGUGCGUCAGAAGGGGCACAAGAACAAGGCGGGCGCUCUGGACGGAUUCGUCACCUUUUUGAGGGGGACAAAGCAUGGUGAAGGAUGGGAGAGUAUGACGCCAAGCGGAGCUGGAGGGGAUCGUACCGCUACUCCCGUCCCCACCCCGGUCGACACAUCCCUUCCGCCCCUUUCCCCUUCGACCAUGACGACAAUGAGCACCUCUCCUCCCCUCACCCCUCAGUCCGGCACCCCUGGUACCAGCGUCCAAUCCUCGGCUGAUAUGAUCGACCCAGAGAACCCGAUCCCCCUCGACUGCCGCGCGGAGGCUGCGCUCGAGCGAUGGGGGAAGCGCGAGGCAUAUGACGCCCUGCUCGCGGAACGGAAGGCGGCGGCUAUCCCUAUCGCGGCGAGCCAGAAGAAGAGGCAGGAGAGCAAGCAGAAGGCGCUCGAGGAGGCCAGGCGGAAGCUGGAGGAGGAAGAGGAGAAGGCAAUGGGCGGGAGUCUGGCGGCGGCUGUCGAGGCUAUCCGGAUCUGA